CUUUCUCUCGCUCUCUCAGCGAGAGCGGCGUGCUUCUUCUCGCAGGUGGCGGCCGGCAGCGCCAUGCGACCUCCUGUUCCUCCUGCUCCUCGCCUUCCUCUCCGGCGCUAAGUCAAUGCCAUGCUGCCGCUGCUCCUGCCGGCGCUGCUGGCCGCCUGCCUGCCGCCCUGCCAGGGCUGGAGCCCCUCGGCGGCCGCCGGCGGGCAGGAGGAGCAGGAGCUCUUCUCGCCGCCUGCCAACUCCUCCUCCCGCUCCCCGGCCGGCCUCGAGAUGGACCUCGACGGGGCAGCGAGCAAGGAGGACGGCGGCACCGCCAGCCCGGGCACGCCGGCGACCCCCAGCCGAGAGCCGUCCCCUUCUGCCCCCACCUCCUCGGGGCAGCAGCAGCAGCAGCAGCCGCGGCUCCAGCAGCCUCAGCUCGCCGAGGACCCGCACUGCAAUAUCAGCGUGCAGCGGCAGAUGCUGAGCUCGCUGCUGGUGCGCUGGAGCCGCCCGCUGGGCAUCCAGUGCGACCUGCUGCUCUUCUCCACCAACAGCCACGGGCGGGCCUUCUUCUCCGCCGCCUUCCACCGCGUGGGGCCGCCGCUGGUCAUCGACCACCUGGGGCUGGCGGCCGGCGGCGCCCAGCAGGACUUGCGGCUGUGCGUGGGCUGCAGCUGGGUGCGGGGCCGCCGCGUCGGGCGGCUGCGGGGCUCGGCGCCCCAAGCGCAGCCUCAGCCCCAGCCCGCCGCCUCCUCGCUGUCCUACCCGCCGGCGGCCGAGCCCGGCCAGUACUGGCUGCAGGGGGAGCCGCUCAAUUUCUGUUGCUUGGAUUUCAGCCUGGAGGAGCUGAAGGGCGAGCCGGGCUGGCGGAUGAACCGUAAGCCCAUCGAGUCCACGCUGGUGGCGUGUUUCAUGACUCUGGUCAUCAUCGUGUGGAGCGUGGCCGCCCUCAUCUGGCCGGUGCCCAUCAUCGCCGGCUUCCUGCCCAACGGCAUGGAGCAGCGCCGCAGCGCCGGCACGGCCGCCGCCGCCAGCAAGUAGCCAUCCCGGGACCCCCAUCGUUCGUCGUGUGCUGUGAGGGACGCGGGCGGGCCGGGCUGUGCGCGCUGCCCCUCCUGCCGCGUUUGUUCUCGUGUGUGAAGCGUGUGAAGGUGCGCUGCGCGAGCGGCCGCCGCAGGGGAUCCGCUGCCCCGCGCCCCUCGGCCCCGCCGCCGCCACGACCGCAUCCUGUGUGCUCGUUUUGUACCUUUAAUAACCGUUUUAAAUCAACUUUUUAGAAAAAAAAAAAAAAGGAAAAAAAAAGCGUUCCCCUCCAAAAUCUACGCGGAAAAUAAAAGACCCUCCCGUUCAACCGCAUUUUCUGUAGUCGGCGGUUUUUCUUUGUGUGUAUGAGCGCAGUCUGAGCGGGUCUUCUCGUUACUUACAGCAAGGGACGUCUCCUGUUGGCGGGUCUAGAACUGAAGCAGUGUGUCUGUUGUUAUUGCUGAAGUUGAACGAACCUUUCCCACUGUAUUUCCCUGCUGAAGUAGUGUGUGUUUAUUACCGAAUCUCCACAUUAUUUGGCUUUUAAUACAGAGGUUUCUUUCAAGAACCUCCUAAGACUUUUGUGAGUCUGUUUCCACCAGGAUAGACAUCAGAGUUAAGCCAACCUGUCUCCAACCUGUCCUCAAAGCUCAUCUUUCCCCGUGAGAGGCUGUUAAUGGGGUUGGUGGUGAAAAGGGAAGCUGUAAGCCCUUUCUGAAUGGUGUUUAUCGUAUCUUUGCAGUAAGUUAAGGUUGUAUAGCUACGUCAGGGUGAGGUGGGAUGGAGAAUGUCUGUUCUGGAGGUCCUCCAAGGGUAUUUGCUUGGCUCGGCUCAAGCGCUAUGGCUUUCUCACCAGUUAGAGGUUGGGUGGUUUUGGUCCUGGGAAGAUCAUUGUAAGGUCUUUGAGACAUUCUACAAGCAGCACAGUGGUGAAUCUCAUCACCUCCACCAAGUGCAUUCCACAACAGCAGCUCAGACCCAAUGCAUGUGCUGAAGGGAUUGUGAUGUGGUGCUUCUUUCUCAGCUCCAAUUCUAUAAGGUU